CGGAAACAUGGACAGUCGAGGCCCAACGACAACGGUUCGAGCUGGUGCACCUACAGCCGUCGUCGGCACAUCAAGGCUGGCACAGAUGCAGAUGCGCUUCCAGCAGCGCCAACAGCAGGAACGUGACCAGCGGAAGAUAGAGCAGAUUGCGACACGAACGACCAGCACCACGGGCACGGUGGCCAUCGCUUCAUCGAACGGGGGCCGCACUGCAACAACAACGACAUCAACCACAACCAGUGGUAGCGCAGUAAGUACAACGGUUGAACUUUCGGAGCGGCUCAAUGCCACCAGCCUUUCGUCCACCCUGGGCGCUGGCAAGGUACGGCAAAUGUUCGACGAACGUCGUCAUCGGGUGGCCGGCAUCGACAAAAGCUACCCACUGCAGCCGAUCCAAACGACUUCCACCGUACCGGUAGCCCAUGGUAACCACUCGGUCAACGGUAACAGCAGCAACAAUGGCACCAACGGUAACGAAGGUGGUGCUGCUUCCCUCGCGCGUGGUAUGACCAAGACGGGCUUGAACAACAAACCACGUGUCCCGCCAAUAUCGGCCAGUUCCCGGACUCGCUUGAUGCAGCAGCAAGCUCAGGCGCGUGGGACCACGAACCUACGUCAGGACAGUCUCGUGGGCAUGCAGACCAUUCGCGCUAACAAUGUUGGAGACGCGCUAGAAUCAAGCGGUGGUGGCUAUGAUGACAACGAUAAUUUUCUGGAACUGGAAAAGUUUCCAGAUACAGCACCAUUUGACGAGGAUACAUUGGAUACGGCAGAUCGAAUAAAUGUCCUCAACGGAAAUGGAGUGGUGGCAAAGCUAGGCAAGUCGCAUGCAUCUACAACAAAGCCGCUACCCAGCAACACUGCACAAAAGGCUUCAAAGAAAUCACCGGUUACUUCGUCCAAUAGUAUGCCAGCUCGCUCUCCAAAUGGAUCUGCCAAAUCCGGAGUUGCCACACCACGAUCCACCGUGCCAUCUGCUAAAUCGAACGGACCAUCGCGUACGGUAACCCAGCCCAGCCCAUCCAGUUCUGCCGGAUCGGUACGCCGUCCUUCGACCGUAUCCAGCAUGCUCGCCAACGAACCCGUCCCGGAUGGUUUGAUCCGUUGUGACAUCUGUAGCCGCAACUUUGCUACCGACCGCAUUGAAAAGCAUCGACAAAUCUGUCAGAAGACAAAGUCCAAAAAGCGCAAAGUGUUCGAUAUCACUAAGCACCGGGUGCAGGGCACCGAUGCCGAGAGCUUUGUACUGAAGGGCAAAAAAUCAUCGACUGGGCCUGGUGGAGCUGUAGCAAGCAGAAAACAAUCUAGUCAAUUGUCGACGGUUAACAACAGCGUCAGUGCUGCUGCAGCUGCCGGUUCAAAACAAAGUAAUUGGCGCAAGAAGCACGAAGAAUUUAUCGCAACGAUACGUGCCGCCAAGGAAAUGAAAGCUCAUUUGGCUCGAGGUGGUAAGUUAUCCGAUCUGCCACCACCGCCACCGUCGGAAAAUCCGGACUACAUCCAGUGUCCGCAUUGUUCGCGUCGAUUCAAUCAGACUGCUGCCGAACGACACAUUCCCAAGUGUGACACGAUGCUGCACAACAAACCGAAACCCAAACCGAAGGCAACGUCCACUAUUCGAAGAUACUGA